GCAAUUGAGCAAGCCUAUCUCGUAGUGUACAACCCACGAACCAAGAAGGCGGAAAUCUACGAGCAGUGUGUCUUGCCCUUCGGUGCCCGCGCAUCGGUUCACUCCUUUUGCAGAACCUCACUGGGCAUCUGGACUGUCGGAGCGGUCCAGCUAGCCCUGAUGUGGUCAGUGUAUUUUGAUGAUUUCGUAGGCGGCGAAGUCCCCCCUCUCUCACGGCUCUUCGAUCUUUGCGCUGAAACGCUCUUUGGGAUUCUUGGUUGGGACACGUCCCCCGACAAGCCAACUACCUUCGGAAGCAUCGCAAAGGUCUUAGGCCUGGAGUUCGACUUAAGGGAGUCGCACCUGGGAAAUUUCUACAUGCAGAAUACGAUUACGCGCCGUGAGGAGUUGAGAGACAGCCUGUCUGCGGUUCUUGAGGCUGGAACCCUGACCAGAAAGGACUGCGAGAAACUCAGAGGGCGCCUACAGUUCGCCUCCAACCAGAUCGCGGGAAAGAAAGCUGGGCUUGCCUUCAAGGUGUUGUCGGAGCACCUCAAGGAACGGAGCCCGGUCGUUGGGGACAGCUUGAGGGCAGCUCUACUCUUCUUGCGUGACAAAUUCCUUGAAGGGCCACCAAGAUCCUUGAGUGCCAAUGUGCUACACCUGUGGCACGUCUAUGUGGAUGCCUCCUGCGACGACGACCGCAUAGGUCUUGGUGGCGUCCUCAUCUCGGACAACGGGACAAAGAUUGGUCACUUCAGCGAAUGGGCCACUCCCGAACUUCGGCAGCUAAUCGGCCCCGACAGCAAGAACCCCAUCUUCGAGUGUGAAUGCCUGGCAGUGCUCAUGUGCUUUCAUGUUUGGAGGGGUCUCCUCAAGGGCUGCAACAUUGUCGUUUUUUCGGACAACGAGGGCACACGUGCCUGCAUGAUAAAGGGCGCCUCGGAUAACACGAUUGGGAUGCGCAUCGUGGACGCGACCCACGAGGCCAUCGACGCCGUUUGUUGCAUUCCUUGGUUUGAGCGGGUCAACACCGCGUCCAACGUGGCCGACGAUCCUUCGAGAGGGAUCUCGGACGAAAGCCUUGGUCGACGAUUCGAAGUGGAUGCGCUGUGCAUCGCAAAGUCUGCAUUGGUUCCGUGGGGAUGA